GGCUGCGGCGGCGGCGGCGGCGGCGGCGGCGGCAGCGACUGUUACUAUGGCGGAGUCGUUCGGAGCCUCCUCCUUCCUCCUCUUGGUCUUCCUCCUGCUGGAGGGCGGCGGCGGCGCCGGACCUCGGGGGACCCAGGCUCUGAUAUGUUCAUGUACAAACUGUGUGCAUACCAACUACACAUGCGAAACAGAUGGGGUCUGCAUGGUUUCUAUUUCCAACAUGGAUGGGAUGGAGCACCAUUCUCGAACCUGUAUCCCCCAGGCUGAGCUGGUCCCAGUAGGAAAGCCCUUCUAUUGCCUCAGCUCAGAUCAUGUUCGAAACACACACUGCUGUCGUACUGACUUCUGUAACAAGAUUGACUUGAGGGUGCCCAGUGGUCACCUGAAAGACACCCCAUCCAUGUGGGGUCCUGUGGAACUAGUCGCUGUCAUUGCUGGCCCAGUGUUCCUCCUAUUUCUCAUCAUCAUUGUCGUCGUCUUUGUUAUUCACCAUCAUCAGCGGGUUUAUCACAACCGCCAGCGGCUGGACAUGGAAGAUCCCUCGUGUGAAAUGUGUCUGUCCAAAGACAAGACUCUUCAGGAUCUUGUCUACGAUCUGUCUACUUCAGGGUCUGGCUCAGGGUUACCACUCUUUGUCCAGCGCACGGUGGCUCGUACAAUUGUUCUACAAGAGAUCAUAGGCAAGGGCCGAUUUGGGGAAGUGUGGCGUGGCCGGUGGCGGGGUGGAGAUGUGGCUGUGAAAAUUUUCUCCUCCCGGGAAGAACGGUCUUGGUUUCGAGAAGCAGAAAUAUACCAGACAGUCAUGUUGCGUCAUGAAAAUAUUCUUGGAUUUAUUGCCGCUGACAACAAAGAUAAUGGUACGUGGACUCAGCUGUGGCUUGUUUCUGAUUAUCAUGAACAUGGUUCCUUGUUUGAUUACCUUAACCGGUACACAGUGACUAUCGAGGGGAUGAUUAAGCUGGCUUUGUCUGCUGCUAGUGGGUUGGCACACCUACACAUGGAGAUUGUAGGUACCCAGGGGAAGCCUGGAAUUGCACAUAGAGACUUGAAAUCAAAGAACAUCUUGGUGAAGAAAAAUGGAAUGUGUGCAAUUGCUGACCUGGGUCUUGCUGUCCGUCAUGAUUCGAGCACUGAUACUAUUGACAUCGCCCCAAAUCAAAGGGUGGGGACCAAGAGAUAUAUGGCUCCUGAAGUGCUGGAUGAAACCAUCAACAUGAAACACUUUGAUUCUUUCAAAUGUGCUGAUAUUUAUGCCUUAGGAUUGGUAUAUUGGGAGAUUGCCCGAAGAUGCAAUUCAGGAGGAAUCCAUGAGGAAUAUCAGCUUCCAUAUUAUGAUCUGGUGCCCUCUGAUCCUUCCAUUGAAGAAAUGCGGAAGGUAGUAUGUGACCAAAAGCUGCGGCCCAACAUCCCUAACUGGUGGCAAAGCUAUGAGGCACUACGGGUGAUGGGAAAGAUGAUGCGAGAGUGCUGGUACGCCAAUGGGGCAGCACGUCUGACCGCCCUCCGCAUUAAGAAGACUCUUUCACAGCUCAGUGUGCAAGAAGAUGUGAAGAUCUAGUCCCUUCCCGACCCCAUCCACAUGCAGCUCUGGGCAUCCAGAACCACACAGAAACCUGCCAUGCUAGAGGGUAAUGGAGGCCUACCUCUCGUUUCUGCCCAGCCCUGUGUCCCAGGCUAGCCUGGGCCAUGAGAGGGAAAGAGCCUGGGAGAGACGCUCUCACCCAUGUGGGGUUUGAGACACCUACCUUUUUAUGUUCCCCUCCUAAUGGCAUGGAGACUGGUGAGCUAUGGUGCAGAGGACUCAACGCCAAGCUUAGAGCUUGCUUUCCGUGGAAAGCUAAGCCCAGUACCUCUGGCACACUGUCUGGGAACUAGUAUAGGGACAGCUUGAGAAAGUGCCGGGAAACGCAAAGCUGUGCUGCCAUCACCAAGCUGCCGGAGAGCUCUCUUGGGGACGCCUGCGCAUGGCCCCCAGAAAGGGCCCAAAGGAGCCGAAGGGGUGCCCCCUCCAGGGGCAGCUUUGAGCCAAAUGUUCCCCUCCCUCCUUGGCACGAACAUCGGAGGAACCAUCCACAGAGAUGGAAGAGGCUGCCUGUUGUGUUCGUUCCAGCUGUGUGUGCAUGUGCGAAGGCAUCCAAGCCAUGCCCUUACACGUGUGUGUCUGUGUACGUGUGUCUGUGUAUGUGUGUCUCUGUGUGUCUGUCGGUACGCACUUAACUGCUUGAGCUUACUGUGCAUGUGCAAGUCUGGUUGCAGUCAGUUGUCUUUCAGUCUCAGUGUGCUGGUGCCUCUCUAUUCAGUAGUGAGCAAAAUCUCGUUUCUCCCGGCUUUCCAGGGAGGCCUCUGUCUUUCCCUUCCCUGGACUAGGCCCCUUCACCAUGUGACCCUCUCUGUCUAGGGCCUCUUCCUUUUUCCUUUACAACUGGCUGCCCGGCCUUACACUCCCUCCUCCAUUUCAGACUUUGGAACCAAAGCUGGCACAGGUUGGCCAUUUUUGCUUGGUGCCACACAGUUGCCUGUGAGUGGGGAGAAAAUUUGAAGUCAAAAUAUGGGGCAGGAUGGGAAGGCCUGGGGAAUAGGGAUGAGGGAAGUAGAACUAUGGCCAGUGGCGACGGAAAUCUCAGCCGGACUAGGAAUUUUAUGAGUAUGAGCUGUGAAAUGGAAGGACCCAGAAUUUUAGAAUCAGAUUAGAGUAUCCCAUCCUCCUCUUGUAUCCUAGAUCCCAGAAACAGCAGUGUAUAUUUUUGGUGGCGGCUGGGUUAGUUUUGGGGUGGGAGGGAGGGAAGGGAGGGUACUGCAUGGGUUUUGUUUUACUGGAUUAUUUGAUCAAGGUGGAGGACAGAUGAGAGAUUUGCAUCCAUUUCAGGGGCCCCUAGUAAAGACAGGAAAUAGUUUAACAGGACCCUUUUAUUUAAACUGAGUGUAGCGUUUAAUGAAAUUCUAGAAGGGUGGUGAUUUGGCCUGCGUCUCUUCCGUAUAUAAUAACUCUGAAGCCAUAACUUUUAACUGGAGUGGUUUGAUUUUUGUUGUUUGGGAGGGUCUAGAUUUUAACUUUUUUUAAUAUUGUUAAUUGUUUGUAAAAGAAAAACCUCUCUGUGUGUGAUUACCUCUCAACCUAUUUGUUUUUAAAGAAAUCACCGAAAAAGAGAAACCAUCCAAUCGAAUGCACACAGCUUAAUCACACUGGAACUAUUUGUUAUGUGUACCUGAGCCUGUACUCAACAUUGAGAACUUCCUCCCUACUUUGGGGUCCAAUCCUCUUUCCCUUCUGUCCAGCCCUCCCUCCCCAUCCCAAGCCAGAGUGGAGUUUUCUGAACUGUGGCCAGAGCCCUUUUACUGGUCAUAUAACUGGUUACACCCUCUCUCCUGAGCCAGGAGGCAGACCUACAUGCAGACUGAACAGACUGAUUUUGUGGAGUGGCAGCUUUGGGACAGAAAGACACUUGACUUUGACAGCUUUUGGAGCCAGAAGUUGCUGCUCAUAUUUGAAAACAUCCUUGCCAUUGCUGGAAUCCUUUAACUUCUCAUCCCUCAAAUUGGCCAAGAGCCAGGCAGCAGUGUGUAUCAAGUGCCCAGUGUCCACUUUCUAUAGCACCCUGUAUGCCGUGGGAGAACACAGAGCAAAUAGAAGGCAGUGGCCAAGAUACCAAAGGUGAGAUGUGUGGCCAAGAAGAUUAGCUUAAUGAUCUGAUUCGGGCCUCAGGUUGGCCGUGGGACCCAGCAUUCCAGAUUAAAUGCCAGCAGGAUUACUUUGAGUUACCAAUUUCAGUAGGCUACAUUCAUGCAAAGGUCUUCCCUCCCUCCCUUCCUUUCAUUUCCUUCCUCCGAGGGGAAAUUUCUUUGCCUUUGCUGACCAGUAGAAUCCUGUCCUCUCCUUUCCAGCAGGCCAAUGCCAAAACUGGUAUGUGAGGGGGAAGUAGACCCUCUCCCCAUUAGGGUUGAAUACCCUAAACCCUUCUUUUUCCUCCCCAUAUUUAUUUUCUUUUGUCUUAUCCCUUAUCUUACUUUAUGGAAAUUUUCUCCAUUCUCUAAACACUUGAGGCCAUUUGGCCAAAGACAAAUUUUUUAGCACUUAAUUCUAUUGUUGGGGGCAUCAGUUUACCCUGCUUCUGGCCUCCACUUGACCCUCCCCAUAGCAGAACUUUGGGAACUGGAAGCCAAGGAUAAUGAUAGGAAUUUAAGACUUCUGAGUCUCCGUUUAUAGCUAGCUAGCCUUCAAGGUCUAUCUGAUGCCCUUUUUCCAACCAGUGACAUCCAAGUGGAUCCUAAGCACUUAACCAGCUCCCCUGGUCAGUUCAUUUUUGCUCACUACCCCCCAGAGUUCAGCCACCUCAGGGGAAGAAUGUGGCAGCUGUUUGGGGCAACCCCACUAAAACACCAUCUGAGAAUUAGGGAGGAACUGAAGCUGUGUCCUUGGAUCAACCAAGACUAACAUUGAUCCUUAGGAUUGCCCUGCAUCUUUGGAUCCUCGAUUCACAGACCAAGUUUAAGCCCGUUCUUAUGUCGCCAUCAAGCCCUGGAACGGCUCCUCGGUACUUGUUUGUUAUUUUGUACAUUUUAUUAGAAAGGACUGUAAAAUAGCCACUUAGACACUUUACCUCUUCAGUAUGCAAAUGUAAAUAAAUUGUAAUAUAGGAAAUCUUUUGUUUUAAUAUAAGAACAAGCCUGUCCGAUUUCUGCUGUACAUUAUUAAAAUGUUUUAUUCACAGGG